AACUUAUCCUCCACCACGCUCUUUUCAAGGCGACCAAUAUAGGUAGUACCCAUGUCGCAGAAGGUCAAGAUUGCGGCGCGCCUGAGACCCAGAAUCAAGGGUGAACUCGAUGACGAAGGCGUUCGCGUUGUUCAUGCCGAAGAUGACGGGCCUUCAUCCAUUUGCGUCACCAAUCCGAGAGAUAUUUCUCAGGUCUUCAAGUUUCCGUUCACUUCUUGUUACGACCAAACUUCAACACAGGAGGAUAUAUUCCAAGCAGAUGUAGAGCCCUUGAUUGAUGUUGUUUACAGCGGCGUGACCGUAACGAUUUUCGCAUAUGGCGUCACAUCGUCAGGGAAAACUCAUACAAUGCAGGGGACAAAAUCCCAGCCUGGUGUGAUUCCAAGAGCUGUACAAGCAAUCUUCGCCCGCAUCCCCAGCAUUCGACAGUUUCAAGUCUCUAUCUCUGCCUCAUACAUGGAAAUAUAUAAGGAUGAGGUUUAUGAUUUGCUAGUCGAUCGAGAAAUGGCACCGAAAUUACCAGUUAGAGAGAAUGACGUCGGCAAGGUUUUUGUUGCUAACCUCUCUUCUGUUCCUAUCCGCACAUUUGAAGAGUUUGACUCGAUCUAUACUCAAGCCAAUAAGCAGCGAUCUGUCGGAUCAACGCUCCUAAACAGGGCAUCCUCUCGAUCUCACGCUAUUGUAACGCUGGAGAUCAGCAUGUUGGAUGUACAAGAGAACAAGACUCUUACGGGGAAGAUCAAUUUGGUUGAUUUGGCAGGAUCAGAAAAUAAUAAGUUGACUGGCAACGAUCCCUCUCGAAUGGCUGAGUCCGCAGCGAUCAACAAAUCGCUCAGUGUCCUCGGUCAGGUUGUUCAUUCUCUGAAUCAAGGAGCCUCGCGUAUACCCUACCGGAAUUCCAAAUUAACGAGAAUCUUGCAAGACGCCCUUGGUGGCGAGUCCGUUGGUUUGCUCAUAUGCAAUCUAGCACCCGGUAUCAAGUUCAGACAGGAUACUCUCAACACUUUGAAUUUCGCUGUUCGGACAAAGAACAUCGAGAACAAACCUGUCAUCAAUGAGCGAGACAACAGACCAAUGCCUAAACCUCAUUUUGCCGCCGUUCAGCAGCCUCCGCAAGUACAGAAAGCCGCUGUGCUACCCGCUCCUGUUGCUGUCGUGCCUCGACCUUCAAUGAUUGGUGGCCGUCGACAAUCUCUUGUGCCUAGCCUCGCGGGCCCCUCUCGUGUCCCACGCGUUUCCUCAUUUGGGAUAGCUGGCUCUGCUGCACCAUAUCCGACCUCCCAUCAGCGUAUGGAGAAUAGUGUCGGAAGCGUCCACAACAAUAGGACUAGCUUGCAGCUCACGGACAAAGAAAUUGACGAGCGGAUAUCAAAGGCCGUGGAAGCAGAAGUGGCUAGACGAAUGGAGGAACGCGAGAAGGAGCGGUUGAAGGAGGAGGAACAGCGUGUGAAGGAGCUUCAGUCUCAGGCCCUCCAGGCUCAAGCCUCUUCGUCACCGAGAGAGCAGGACAAUAUCCCGUCAGGGCUGCUGUCUCCUAUCCUUAGGCGACAUCAAGACCUUGACAAUGAGCUCAGACAGCGGCUUCACGACCUAGAGAAGAAAUACGAACGCGGCAGUAAAGAGGUUGCAAUGGCUGGAGGAAUGUCGCCCAUCUCUCGGAAGAAGACAGGACGAGCAUAUGUCGCUCUUGCCCGAGCCCAUUCUGAGAAGGGUGAUCUGCACGUCGCUCUCGACUUGUAUCGCAAAGCGGAGUCGUACGUUCCCGACAACAUCAAAUUGAAAGAGAGGAUCAUCGAGAUCGAAUGGGCUAUCAAGAACGGAAAGGAGUUCAAGCCAUCACCGAAGAAGCCCAGGAAGACGAAGACGAAGAAGAAGGGCAAGGAGGGCAAAGCGAAGGGAGUGCAAGCAGUGUAUGAACAGAGGGCAGUGAGUGAAAUGGAGACCGUUAUCGAGGUGCCCGACGAAGAGGAAGGAGAAGCAGGCUUCGUGGUGCUGGAUUUCGUUCCGGAGGUAGCCAAAGAAAGCGAGGAUGAGGAGACAGUGGAGAGUUUGUUGGAACAACGAGAGGUCGAGCUCGGAAGGUUCAAACGAAUGAUGAAACAUCGAUUCGGCAGCGAGGUUACUGAUAAUUCAAGCAAGCGGGGCGCAGAUGAUCAGGACGGCGUGGACAUGGAGACACCGAUGAAGAAACAACGAAAGAACAGGAGUCAGGAGACUGUUGGAGGCAGUGAUGUUGAGUAGGCUGCAGCUGCGCUUGUGAGAAAGGUAUCCAUAUUUGAGUUGUGAUCAGGACAAGCAUUUCAUGUGUCUCGCUUUAAAAUGACAACUCCAAGUUGAAUAUUC